AUGGGUACAACGGCCAGCACCGCCCAGCAGACGGUCUCAGCCGGCGCCCCCUUCGAGGGCCUCCAGGGCAGCAGCGUGAUGGACGGGCGGCACUCCCUCAGUGCCCACUCCUUCCAGUCCACGGGCUUGCACAACAGUAAGGCCAAGUCCAUCAUCCCCAACAAGGUGGCCCCCGUCGUGAUCACGUACAACUGCAAGGAGGAGUUCCAGAUCCAUGAUGAGUUGCUCAAGGCCCAUUACACGCUGGGCCGGCUCUCGGAUGCUACCCCUGAGCACUACCUGGUGCAGGGACGCUACUUCCUGGUGCGGGAUGUUGCUGAGAAGAUGGACCAGCUGGGCACCCUGCGGAGCUGUGGGGCCCCCAACUUCCGGCAAGUGCGGGGCGGGCUCCCCGUGUUUGGCAUGGGACAGCCCAGCCUCUCGGGCUUCAGGCAGGUCCUCCAGAAACUCCAGAAGGACGGGCACAAGGAGUGCCUCGUCUUCUGUGUGCGGGAGGAGCCCGUGCUGUUCCUGCGAGCGGAGGAGGACUUUGUGCCCUACACACCCCGCGACAAGAAGAGCCUCCACGAGAACCUCCAGGGCGUGGGGUCCGGGGUCCAGGCGGAGAGCUUGGAGCUGGCCAUCCGGAAGGAGAUUCACGACUUUGCCCAGCUGAGCGAGAACACGUACCACGUGUACCACAACGUCGAGGACCUGCGGGGGGAGCCCCACGCCGUGGCCAUCCGGGGUGAGGAUGAUGUGCACGUGACCGAGGGGGUGUACAAGCGGCCCUUAUUCCUGCAGCCCGCCUACAGGUACCACCGCCUGCCCCUGCCAGAGCAAGGGGCUCCCCUGGAAUCCCAGUUUGAUGCCUUUGUCAAUGUCCUCCGGGAGACCCCCAGCCUGCUGCUGCUCCGAGACGCCCACGGGCCUCCCCCUGCUCUCCUCUUCAGCUGCCAGACGGGUGUGGGCAGGGCCAACCUGGGCAUGGUCCUGGGGACCCUCGUCCUGUUUCACCAGAGCGGGACUGCCUCAGGGCCUGAGCCUGCCCCUGCGAAGACCAAGCUCCUGCCCCUGGAGCAGCUCCAGGUGAUCCAGAGCUUCCUCCACGCGGUGCCUCAGGGCAGGAAGAUGGUGGAGGAGGUGGACAGAGCCAUCACGGCCUGCGCUGAGCUGCACGACCUGAAGGAAGCAGUCUUAAAGCACCAGAGGAAGCUGGACCGUGUCCGGCCCGAGAGCCCGGCCCAGGGCAGCAGUAGCCAGCAGGGCGUCCGGCAGAGGGCCCUGCAGAGCCUGGAGCGGUACUUCUACCUGAUCCUGUUUAACUACUAUCUGCACGAGCAGUACCUGCUGGCCUUUGCCCUCAGCUUCAGCCGCUGGCUGUGUGCCCACCCCGAGCUGUACCGCCUGCCUGUGACGCUGAGCCCAGCGGAGCCCGUGGCCCCCGGGGACCUCAUCACCAAGGGCUCCCUGAGGGCGGACGAUCUCGUCUCCCCAGACGCACUCAGCACCAUCAAGGAGAUGGACGUGGCCAACUUCCGGCGGGUGUCCCGGAUGCCCAUCUACGGCACAGCCCAGCCCAGCGCCAAGGCCCUGGGCAGUAUCCUGGCCUACCUGACCGAUGCCAAGAGGAAGCUGCAGCAGGUGGUUUGGGUCAGCCUGCGGGAGGAGGCGGUGCUGGAGUGUGACGGGCACACCCACAGCCUGCGGUGGCCGGGGCCGCCCAUGACCACCGAGCAGUUGGAGGACCUGGAGACCCAGCUGAAGGCCCACCUGAGCGCGCCUCCCGCAGGCACGGAGGGUCCCCGGACCCCCAGGUUCCAGACGUGCCUAACCAUGCAGGAGGUCUUCAGCCAGCACCGCGGGGCCUGCCCCGGCCUCACCUACCACCGCAUCCCCCUGCCAGACUUCUGUGCCCCCCGUGAGGAGGAUUUUGACCGGCUGUUUGAGGUCCUGCGGGGCGCCCUCACCAAGGACGCGGGCGUCGGCUUCGUGUUCAGCUGCCUCAGCGGCCAGGGCCGGACCACGACGGCCAUGGUGGUGGCCGUGCUCGCCUUCUGGCACAUCCGCGGCUUUCCCGAGGUGGCGGAGGAGGAACUCGUGAGUGUGCCCGAUGCCAAGUUCACCAAGGGGGAGUUUGAGGUGGUGAUGAAGGUGGUGCAGCUGCUGCCCGACGGGCACCGCGUGAAGAAGGAGGUGGACGCGGCGCUGGACACCGUCAGCGAGACCAUGACGCCCAUGCACUACCACCUGCGGGAGAUCAUCAUCUGCACCUUCCGCCAGGUGAAGGCAGCCAAGUCGGAGCAGGAGGCCCGGAGGCUGCAGCUGCGGAGCCUGCAGUACCUGGAGCGCUAUGUCUACCUGGUGCUCUUCAACGCCUACCUCCACCUGGAGAGGGCGGACUCCUGGCCCCGGCCUUUCAGCGCCUGGAUGCGGGAGGUGGCUGCGAAGGCCGGGCUCUAUGACAUCCUCAACCAGCUGGGCUUCCCCGAGCUCCAGGGCGCGGAGGACCUGCCCUUCUCUGGGCUGCGCUGCCGGUGGCAGGAGCAGAGCCACAGCCUGGAGCCCUUCGCCGCCGGGGACUUCCUGUAG